AACGGGUGGGACCCACUUGACGCGCGCUCGCCUCGAGAUCGCCCGAGAUACCGGGUCGACUACUGACGAGGCCCGCAGUUCUCAGAGCAUCGCGAUCGACGGUGGAUCGAUCGCCGACUCGCGCGAUCCAGACCAAUGGGAUCCAACGGAGAAGAUCGACGCGGAGACGAUGAUUAUUGAGAUACACCAAGCAUCUGAUUAUUCGACGGAAAUCACGAAACGGAGAACCGAGAAAUGAUCGAGAGGCACCCCGAUCUAACGCACGCACGUGGAGAACGAGUUGGAUAAAAUUGUGGCAAUCAAGAAUUUGAGAAACAGAUUCGCCUGUGUCUUGAGAUUUGACGUGUAGUGUGCGGUGAGAAUUAAAUUAUUUAAAGAAAACAACAUUAAGAACAUAUAGUGCCUUAAAUCGGGAUCAUCGAAAGCUGUUUGUUAAUUGACCUAUGAAACGAUUUAGUUUCAUAACAUUUUAAUCGAUACGUUUUAAUGACACUUGGAUUGGUAUACUCAUUAUUACCAGUCAGUCUUAAUAUAUUAGCAGAGAUGUAUUAUUGAUCUCGUCUGUGUGACCUCGACUGAUUCUUCAGACCACUGAGCCGCUUUCAUACCGAUUUCAACUCGUCUUACUCCGAACAACAGCACCUCAAUCUGGAUAUUGAUAAUGAUUUAUGAUUUAUAUACGAUAUAUGAUUCUAUAUUGACACUUCAAUGACGAUAGUUCAGUUUGAUAAUUCGUAUACGUGACGUGGAUUAUUCGUAAACAAACUAAAGACCGAGAUCAAACUAAACACCAGAAAACGAAAAGGACGAGAUGCUCUUCAAAGGCAAUAGUUCACGGCUAGAAUUGUUGAUAGGAAAGAUCCACGCGCACAAGGAACCGUCACAGGACGAGCAACACAAGUCUAAAGAGGCCCUAGGGACCGGAAGUUCCUCUUGGCACAGCGAGGAUGGCGGGCCCAACUCGCGUCGCGGUGGCGAGACGCCGUCUUCUUGCGCGACACCGACAUCGGCCAGCUUCCCGUCGGAGCCCGAGGUCGACACUGACGUCGGCGUCAAUCCCGACGGCAACAACCCCGCUGCCCCGUAUCCCUGCCAGUUCUGCGACAGGACGUUUCCGCGGCUCAGCUACCUGAAGAAACACGAACAGAGCCACGGCGAUCAGAUGCCGUAUCGAUGCAGUUGGUGUAACAGACUAUUCAAGCACAAACGCAGCCGAGAUCGUCACGUGAAGCUGCACACCGGGGACAGGCGAUACCGCUGCUCGAAAUGCGAGGCCGCCUUCUCCAGGAGCGAUCACCUGAAGAUUCACUUGAAGACGCACGACACCCAGAGGCCUUAUCAAUGCACGACUUGCACGAGAGGCUACAGCUCAGCCGCGGCCUUAACGUCGCACAUGCAAUCCCACAAGAAGCAUCCCCAAUCAUCGUCCUCUCAGUCGACCGGCAAGCUCCAGGACAUUGACUACGGUAGGAGAAGUGUCUCCUCCCACAGCACGUCGUCACCGCCGGUGCCGUCGUCGCCGUCGCCGUCGUUGAACCUCACUCUGAACCCCAGGAACACCCUGAAAACGUCGCAGGGUACCGGCAGCACGUCCACCACGCCGAUUCUCAACUCGCCCUUGAAGCUCGCCUGCAUGUACUGCACCCGGGACUCGUUCAGCUGCAUGCAGCAGCUACAGAUGCACGUGCGCACGAUGCACCAGGCGAUCCUCAGCGGCGCGGAGGGUCUGGCGCGGCCGCCGUCGCCGAGCAGAACAUCGAACGAGCAGCAAGCGGUGUUUUGCUCGCGCGAUAAGCCACCCGAUCGCCAGGACAGCUCGAAGGACUCGCGUUCAGAUCGGAAAUACCCGCCUGAGGAGAGAGCCGACAGGCCUGCCGGCGAACGGGACCACUACGAGAACGCCUUCACCUGCGAACAAUGUACCAUGAAAUUCUCCACUCUGGCCUGCCUGCGCGAGCAUUCGCUGUCGAUACAUCGAGUGGAUAGUGGUUUCAGCGCGACGAUGGUGAUAUGCCCGUUGUGCGGCAUUCCGUGCACCUCGACGGCAGCCUACGCCGAGCAUUACGUUCUUCAGCACUGCGAGAAUCGUCGACUGGCGCCGACAACCAGCAUAGAUUACAGCGAGACGAAACUGAACGGCGUUUACGACAGUACUCCGUCGAGAGACUCCAGGGUACCGAGAAGCAGGGACGUCUCGGAAGCCGCCGAUCUCACGAAUAAACGUCCGACCAGGCCAUCCGCGGACGCCGCUGGCGGCUACACCGCCGAUACCCUGUUGUGCGGCCAGUGUAACGCCGCGCUGAAGGAUUUCGAGUCCUUUCGCGAACACGUGGCCCGGCACCUGCAGGCCGACCAUCACAAUCAGGAGAUAUCCAGCAGGCAGCAUCUGUGUCCCAAGUGCGAGACUGUUUUCCCGACCCGCGAGGACAUGCUGGCCCACCUGACCAAGCACUAUCUGGGCCAGGUCAGCAAGGAAUUCGCGUGCGGCGCCUGCAAAAAGUUCUACCCGCAUCCGGACCAGCUUCAGAGACACUUGUUGGACUCCCACGCCCAUCAUCUCUACCGUUGCGCUCUGUGCCGAGACACGUUCGACUCCAAGGUGGCGAUACAAGUGCAUUUCGCGGUCAAGCACAGCCAGGAGUGCCGGAUCUACCGAUGUAGCGUGUGCACUCUGUCCAACAACGAGAAUUCGCCACCGGGAGGUAACGCGGGUUCCGGUGACGGUAGGAGCUUUUUCAGGAGCGAGGCCGAGAUGGCGGCCCACGUGCGCAACGUACACGCGCCUCCUCCCGUCGUUCAGUCUUUAAUAAAUAACAGUCCUGUCGGAGCUGCAACAAGAAGUCCGGCCUCGACGCCCGGCAUCGUCGGAACGCGCUGCGUCUUCUGUGGGACAUGCUGCAGUUCGGAGCUCGAGCUUCAGCUUCACCUGGCCAGCCACUCGGCCAGUCUCUACAGAUGCCCCAUCUGCAGAGAAGGCUUUGCGGUGGAAUUUCUGUUAGAUCGACACGUCGCCCAGGUUCACCAUCAGGCACCGCAGGAUCAUCAGGCGCCGUCAAUCAGAAACAGGGAAAACGGACGUGUUCAUCGACCUACCAGAAAUCAGGAAGAAGCGAAAUCUCUGAAGAGGGGUCGUUCGCCAGCGUCAAGCAACAACAAUUCUGUGAACCAGCGCGACAACAACAACAAACGUCCAAAUUACGGCACUUCCGGUCAGCAAUGCGAGCUCUGCGAACGCGGUGAAUUCGCGAACGAGGCCGAGCUGCAGGCACACAAGAAACUCGCCCACACACCCCCGAAGCUGUCCAAGUCUCUAUCUACCUUGAGCAUGACAUGUGGCUAUUGCGGCGAGGUCUGUCGCUCGCGAAGCGAGCUGGAAUCUCACACGAGGAUUCAGCACGCGUCCAACGAACCGGGUGGUCGUCACAAGUGCAAUAUCUGCGACGAGGUGUGCCCGUCCAGCGCGAGCCUGGCCGAACACAAGCUCCAGAAGCACUGCAAGAUUCAACUGAGCGACACGUGCGUGGUAUGUCGCGGUUGUCUGACGUCGGAGAGUCAAUUCCUAGAUCACGUGCAAAGGCACAGUCUGGGGAACGUGGAUCCGCAACAACGACUGGACAGUACGCUGCCUCAUCUGCCCGCGCCAUGCGUCGUUUGCCGACAGACGCUGAUCAGCGAUCUGGAAUGUCGUCUGCACGCGCGGUAUCACCUACGAACGUCCUCGGGAUCGCGCAGCGCCGGCUCCAGCCCGACCAGUCCUGGUGGCGGCAAAAGCCAGAAUCAAGGUUGCUGCCUCUGCUUGCGCGAUUUCGCGGCCGAGGACUUCGUCAAUCUACCACCCAAUCCUGCCAGUACAAGCGGACAGCUGCUCAGAGUCUGCAAACCGUGCUACAUGCGACACUCUCAGGGACUGCCUAUUCUGAACUCGACAACCUACGAGCAUCAGGCCAAAUACGAGGCGGCCUGGCUCGCGAGCAAGGACGGCCAGUGGGACGAGGCCAAGGAUAAGUGGGAACACGAAAGAGGAGUCAAGGUGGAGGAUCGAUCCAGGAACGAGGGAAACGCGAAUAAAAAACGGUGCGAAGAGUGCGGGGUGAAGUUCGAAGAUCCCGAAGAGGCUGAGAAGCACAGGAUCGCCGAGCAUGAAAAGGCCGCCAGCGGUAACUUGAAUACCUACACCUGCAUACAGUGUCAAAUGUCGUUUCCAACUGAAGCGAAAAUUCAGCAACACGUAAGGAAGGAACACUUGGAGGCAUCGGGGAAAGCAUCCUUGGAGGCUUUACGGUGCCACUUGUGCUUAUUUGAGGCCGCCAGUCCUAUGCAGCUGCAAAUUCACUUAAUAGAGCACACUUUCGCCGGUUGUGCCGCCCUUAGCUGUUACAUCUGCCAGUCGCUCUUCACAACUCCCAUUGGCCUCCAGAAUCACAUGCUACAGGAACACGGACUGGACGCGCGACCGUACGAUUGCUCCAAGUGCACGCUCAAGUUCUUCUUCAGCGCGGAAUUGGAUCAUCACGUAUUGACCUUCCACCGUCCAGGGGAAGAGAUCCACUCUUCGUCGACCGAGAACGCUCGCGAAAAGAAUCGCGAGCCUGAGAAGCGCGAUAGUGGUGUAACGGUGAAGGAGGAAGUGGUGCAAGGCGGCAAGGAAGAAGAGGAAGAGGAGGAGGAAGUAAAUGUGGAUGAUCAAGUGGGACAGGGGCAACACGAUGAAGUUGGACGAGAGGAGCAGAAGCUGAAGACGGAAAUAAACGGCGAGAUAUCCGGCAGAGUGGAAUCGUGAUUUUCUUCGGUCAGCAUUACGUUUCGUUCCGUUCUAGGAUUAAUUGAUUAUUAGGAAUUCGUUAUUCAUUUAUUAAGUUUGCUACCGUCAUUCUAACAAUAAGCGGCGAAUAUUUUUUACGACGCAAACCGAAGUUUCUUAGAUAUCGAUUUGCGAACCGAGCAAAUGAAGUUCGAUACAGUAUUAAUUAAGAGUAUUAUCGAGGAAAAUUGCCGUUCUUGUAAUUAUUCCAUAUGGUUAGUUUUUUACAUAUAGGUGUAAUAAAAUUUCGAUAUAAGGUUGCCUUUUUUACUCUCAGAUCCUAUCAAUUUCAAGUUUAUAGAUGCCGAAUAUCCAUGUUUUCAAGGAACAUACGUUUAUUUGUGUUAAGUUUAAUGAGAGAGUAGUUGGCAUUUAUUUUAUAUCGUUUCAAGCAACCGUAUUUACUCUUAUAGUUACUCUUUAUGAUUGUAGAAGUACAAUGCAUAGUUUUUAAUUGUUUUUCCUUUCUAAGUGCUUCGACGAAUGAUAGACAUCCAGCUGCUUUAGCGAAACUCGACCGACUGCCAAAAUUAAAGCAAUCACGGUGUACAUCUUAAAUGUAUGCGUACUUGUAUACAUAUGUAUAUACCUGAACGUUGUUAAAUUUACAUUAUACAUCAAUACUUAAACUUUGAGAACCCAAAGAAAAGAAAAAAUCCAAUGCGUGUGUCAAAUCCCAGAAAUUGGUGCACAAAAUCGAUUUUUAUUUCUUUUCUUUAUAAAUGCGAAAUAUUUCGAUUUACCUCGAAAUUAUUUCCAUUUAUAAUCUUUCAGAAAUACUUUCAGAAAAAAAAGUAAUUCUCUUCAGAUUCUAUAGAAAAAUUCUGAGAAUUGAAGCUAGAAAAAAAGAAAAUUAAUUGAAUACGUUAAAUUCUCUAAUUUUUAUAUAAUAUUAUGUUUGCGAUAUUGAACGUUUAGUAUUUUGUUAAUUUCUAAUUGCGUUCUAUAAGUGCGAAACUACUGAUUGUAACGAUUAAUUACAAUUUGGUUUGUUACAAAAUCGAGUGCUGAACUCGAUGAAAUGAUAAUCUCUAUCUUCGUGAAUAAAAUUUGUAAAUAUUAUGCAAAUAGCAAGAGAUAUGUUAUAAAUGUUCUAACGAUUUAUAUUAAUAAUGCAUAAGCGACGAAAUUAUUGAUAUUUAAGAGAAGACGCAAUAACUGUCCAUUAUCACAUAGCGCUAAAAUAGUUGUGUACGAAGUAAGUUAUUGUUUCGAAAAUCGUACGUACUGUAUAUACAAUAAUUUGUCCAUUAGGCAUAUACAUAUAGCCGUUUCUAAUAAGGCAAUUAUAUACGAAUAAAUUAUUGUUCUAAAUC